UCUCAUUUCCCGGCGAUGGUUAUCCGGCCAGCAGGGCUGGAGAGACCGCCGGGGAGCAUAGUCGCCAGUCCAGCACUGAGACUCGCCUGGCCAAAAACUGCGCCGCACACUAGCCAGGAUUGCCAAACAUUCCUGAAAAAUAUACCAGCUAUUUAUGGCAUGUGGCUUGUAACUUUACUCCUGCUGUACUCUUUCCAAGAAGUACACAGCGAGGAUGUGGGUUCUACCAGGCUGUACUUUGUGAACGCGUCCCUGCAGAGGCUGACCUACUCCAGCUCGGUGGGGGUGUCUCUGCCCUGCCCCGCAGGAGGCACCCCCACCGCCAUUCUUCGCUGGUACCUGGCCACCGGCGAUGACAUCUACGACGUGCCCCACAUCCGCCACGUCCAUGCCAACGGCACCCUCCAGCUCUACCCCUUCUCACCCUCCGCCUUCAAUUCCUACAUCCACGACAACGACUAUUUCUGCACCGCCGAGAACCAGGCUGGCAAGAUCCGUAGCCCCAACAUCAGAGUGAAGGCCGUGUUCAGGGAGCCCUACACAGUGCGUGUGGCAGACCAACGCUCCAUGCGUGGCAACGUGGCUGUAUUCAAGUGCCUCAUCCCUACCGCUGUGCAGGAGUAUGUCAGUGUGGUGUCCUGGGACAAAGACACCGUCUCCAUCAUCCCAGGUAACAGGUUCUUCCUUACGUCCUUUGGUGCUCUAUACAUCUCAGAGGUGCAGAAAGAGGAUGCUGUCUCCACCUACCGCUGCAUCACAAAGCACAAAUAUAGUGGAGAGACCCGUCAGAGCAACGGAGCCCGGCUUUCUGUCAUGGACCCAACAGAGUCGUCUCCCUCUAUUCUGGACAGUUUCCAGGCGGGGGAGGUGCGGGUUGGUCAGAGUGUGGAGCUUCCCUGCAUGGCAGCAGGAUACCCCAGCCCCACGGUGCGCUGGCUGAAGGAUGGCCGCCCCCUGCCCUCUGAUGCUCGCUGGACACGGCGACUCACAGGGCUCACCAUCAGUGACCUCAGGCUGGAAGACAGCGGCAGCUAUGCCUGUGAGGUCACCAACAGCUUCGGCUCCAAGGAGGUGUCAGGAGUACUCAAUGUCAUAGAUCCUCUCAGAGUUACCCUGUCUCCCAAGAGUCUGAAGACAGGCAUCAGCAGCACCCUGUUCUUCACCUGUGCUGUGGAGGGUUCUCCAGAGUACACAGUGAACUGGUACAGAAACACAGAACCCAUAGUCCCCGACCAGCACAUCUCCAUCCAGGGCACCCACAACGACACGCUGCAGAUCACAGCCGCCCAGAAGAGCCACUCCGGGGCCUACCAGUGCUUCGCCUCCCGCAAGGGUCACACGGCCCAAGACUUCUCCAUCAUCCUGCUGGAGGAUGGUACUCCUCGCAUUGUGUCGUCGUUCAGUGAGCGCGUGGUUGCCCCAGGAGAACCCUUCUACCUGAUGUGUGCUGCAAAGGGAGCCCCGCCCCCCUCCAUCACCUGGACGCUGGACGAUGAGCCUGUGGUGAGAGACUCCGCCUACAAGACCAGCCAGUACACCCUAUCAGACGGCCUGACCGUGUCCCACGUCAACGUCAGCAGCCCGGCCAUCCGCGACGGGGGAGUGUAUCGCUGCGCUGCACGCAACUCGGCCGGUAGCGCCGAGUACCAAGCGCGCAUAAACGUAAGAGGUUCUCCAAGGAUUAGGGAGAUGCGUGACAUUACGGCCGUGGCAGGAAGGAACACCUUUAUAACUUGUCGUGUGAUUGGUUACCCCUACUACUCUAUCAAGUGGUUUAAGGAUGGCAUGCUGUUGCCUGACAACCAUAGGCAGGUGGUGUAUGAAAAUGGAACUCUGAGGCUCAGCGACGUACAGAAGGGCAUGGACGAGGGAACAUACCUGUGUAGUGUGCUGAUCCAGCCGCAGACCUCCAUCGACCAAACUGUCCACGUCACAGUCAAAGUACCGCCCUUGAUCCAGCCAUUUGACAUCCCCUCCACAUCGGUUGGAAAGCUGAUGUACAUUGCCUGCGUGGUGUCGUCAGGAGACAUGCCCAUCCGCAUCACCUGGCACAAAGAUGGGCAGCUCAUUGUUCCUGGCUCCGCAUCCGGUGUUGGCAUAGAGACCAAGGAGUUUAUGAGCUCCCUGCAGAUCUCCAAGGUGACGCUGAAGCACAAUGGCAACUACACCUGCAUCGCUAGCAACGCCGCUGCAACCGUCAGCUGGGAGAGACAGCUGAUCGUCACAGUUCCCCCUCGCUUUGUGGUUCAGCCCAACAACCAGGAUGGUAUCUAUGGGAAGGCAGGGAUACUCAACUGUUCUGUGGAGGGAUACCCACCUCCCAAAGUUAUGUGGAAACACGCCAAAGGAAUAGGAAACCCCCAGCAGUACCACCCUGUCCCGUUGACCGGUCGGAUCCAGAUCAUGUCUAACGGCUCCCUCCUGAUCCGACAUGUCCUGGAGGAUGACCGGGGAUACUACCUAUGUCAGGCCUCCAAUGGAGUGGGCUCUGACAUUAGCAAGAGCAUGGUCCUGACCGUCAAGAUACCAGCCAUGAUCACAUCGCAUCCCAACACAACCAUGGCCAUCAAGGGCCAGGUAAAGGAGCUGAACUGCACAGCACGGGGGGAGCAGCCCAUUAUCAUCCGCUGGGAAAGGGGCGACACAGUCAUCGACGCUGAGAGGAACCCCCGCUAUUCCAUCACCAUCAACAAGAAAGGAGAAGAGGUCAUCUCCACACUAAAGCUGAAGCCGGCAGAACGUGGCGACUCAGUCUUCUUCUCUUGCCACGCCAUCAACUCCUACGGAGAGGGGAGAGGACUCAUCCAGCUUACAGUGCAAGAGCCCCCUGACCCUCCUGAGCUGGAGGUGAGAGAGGUGAAGGACCGCAGUAUGAAUCUGCGCUGGAUCCAGAGGUUCGAUGGCAACAGCAUCAUCACCAGCUAUGACAUUGAGUACAAGAACAAGUCUGACACCUGGGAUCACAAAUACACCACCAGGAACAUCUCCCCCACUAACAACCAGGCCAACAUCGUAGAGCUGCACCCAGCCUGUGUUUACAGCAUCCGCAUGUACUCGUUCAACAAGAUAGGACGCAGCCAGCCGAGUAAAGAGCUCACCAUCAGCACAGAGGAAGCUCAACCUGAUGGCCCUCCUAUGGACGUAAUCCUCCAACCAAUGACCUCUCAGAGCAUUCGAGUCACCUGGAGGGCCCCCAGGAAGGAGCUUCAGAACGGGGUGAUCCGAGGGUACCAGAUUGGCUAUCGUGAGAACGGGCCCGGCAGUAAUGGCCAGUACAGCAUUGUGGAGAUGAAGGCCACAGGGGACAGUGAGGUCUACACCCUGGACAACCUGAAGAAGUUUGCCCAGUAUGGAGUGGUGGUCCAGGCCUUCAACAGGGCUGGGACUGGCCCCUCCAGCACAGAGAUCAAUGCUACCACACUAGAGGAUGUGCCCAGCCAGCCACCCCAGAACGUGCGGGCCAUCUCGGUGACAUCAGACGAGGCGGUGAUCACGUGGGCGGAGCCCCCACGUCUGACACUGCACGGCGUGCUGAAGGGUUACCGCGUGGUGUUCUGGUCCCUCUUCCCCGACGGAGGUGGGUGCUGUGGGGGCCAGGCACAGGGGCCGAUGCAGAAAUGGGGUGAAAUGCAGAACAUCACUACAACCCGUGAGCAGGUGGAGCUGAGGGGUCUGGAGAAGUUCACUAACUACAGCGUCCAGGUGUUGGCCUACACCCAGGCUGGAGACGGGGUCCGGAGCAACGUCCUGUACAUCCAGACACGCGAGGACCUCCCGGGUCCUCCAGCUGGUAUCAAAGCCGUGCCCUCGUCUCCCAGCAGUGUGGUGGUGUCCUGGCUACCCCCCCAUAAACCCAAUGGUGUCAUCCGCAAGUACACCAUCUACUGCUCCAGCCCAGGCUCUGGACAGCCGCCAGCCUGGGUAGAGGCUGAGAUAGGGAGGGAGAGAGAAAGACAGAUAAAGGCUCCUAGUGAGUAUGAGGCCAACCCAGAGAUGCUGUUCUACAGGAUCACCCACCUGACCCGCGGCAAACAGUAUCUCAUUUGGGCCGCCGCCGUCACAACCGCUGGCCGCGGUAACAUUAGCGAAAAGGUCACCGUGGAGCCUGCUGGAAAAGCCCCAGCAAAGAUCCUGUCGUUUGGGGGAACCGUGACCACUCCCUGGAUGAAGGAGGUGCGCUUGCCCUGCAGCUCAGUAGGAGAACCCACUCCUACCAUCAAAUGGACCAAAGACAGUGAGGAGACUGCAAUUCCUGUGACAGUGGAUGGACAGCGUCAAAUCCUGUCCAACGGUACUCUGGUGCUCCGUUCCGUCAAAGCGGAGGAUUCUGGGUACUACACGUGCACGGCCACCAAUACGCUGGGCUUCGACACCAUCAUAGUCAACCUGCUGGUGCAAGUUCCUCCAGACCAGCCCCGCCUGACUGUCUCCACCACCUCCACCUCCUCCAUCACCCUGGCCUGGAUUCCUGGGGACAACGGAGGCAGUUCCAUCAGAGGUUUUGUGCUGCAGUACUCAGUGGACAACACAGAGGAGUGGAGGGAUGUGUUCAUCAGUUCCAGUGAGAGGUCCUUCAGGCUGGACAACCUGCGCUGUGGCACCUGGUACAAGGUCAAACUGGCAGCCAAGAACAGCGUGGGAUCAGGACGGAUCUCUGAGAUCAUAGAGGCGAAGACCCACGGACGAGAGCCUGUGUUCAACAAGGAGCAACCCCUCCUCACCCACAUCAACUCCACCCAUGCAGGGCUCAACCUGCAGGGCUGGACCAGUGGAGGCUGCCCCAUCACCGCCCUGCUGCUGGACUUCCGGCCCAAGGGCACGUGGGCCUGGCAGAGCCUUAAGGCCAAUGCCACGGCCCAGCUCUUCCUCAGCGAACUGCGCGAGGCCACCUGGUACGAGCUGAAGAUGAAGGCCUGUAAUAGCGCCGGCUGUGGAAACCAGAGCUCCCAGUUCGCCACCACAGACUACGACGGCAGUACCAUCCCUCCUAUAAACUCAGCCCAGGAGGACAGGGAUGAUGUCAAGAAGUUGUUUUCCAUUGGCUCUCCUGUCAUCCUGGUCACCCUUGGCGUGGCCCUGCUCUUCAUCAUCCGCAAGAAACGCAAGGAGAAAAGACUGAAGCGACUCAGAGAUGCAAAAAGCCUCGCCGAGAUGCUUAUCAGCAGUAAGAACAACCGCAGCAUGGACACCCCAGUGAAGGGGCCUGCCCAGGGCCCCCGGCUCCACAUUGACAUCCCUCGGGUCCAGCUGCUCAUCGAGGACAAGGAGGGUAUCAAGCAGAUAGGUGAGGACAAGGCAGCGGUCCCAGUGACGGACACAGAGUUCAGCCAGUCAGUGAAUCCACAGAGCUUUUGCACAGGCGUUUCUUUGCACCACCCCGCCCUCAUCCAGAACACAGGUCCCUUGAUUGACAUGUCCGACAUCCGCCCUGGAACCAACCCGGUGUCACGGAAGAGCGUGAAGUCAGCCCACAGCUCCAGGAACCGCUACUCCAGCCAGUGGACCCUGAGCAGGCCGGGUCAGAGCCAGUCAACAGCAUCGGCUAGAACUCUAACCUCGGACUGGCGCACCAUGGGCUCUCAUGGCAUCACGGCCACUGAGAGUGACAGCUACAGCGCCAGCCUGUCCCAGGACACUGAUAAGGGUCGUAACAGCAUGGUGUCCACAGAGAGUGCGUCGUCGACGUACGAGGAGCUGGCGCGGGCGUACGAACACGCCAAACUGGAGGAGCACCUGCAGCACGCCAAGUUCACCAUCACGGAGUGCUUCAUCUCCGACAGCUCCUCUGAUCAGAUGACCACGGGCACCAACGACCCGGCCGACAGCAUGACAUCACUCAGCACGCCGUCCGAGACAGGUCUGUGUCGCUUCACCGCCUCGCCGCCCAAACCCCAGGACUACGACCGCGGCCGACCUACCAACGUGGCCGUGCCCAUCCCCCACCGCGCCAACAAGAGCGAAUUCUGCAACCUCCCGCUUUACAUGAAGACGGACCCGUUCUUCCGGAAGCAAGCGGAGCUGCACGACCCGUGUCCCGCGGUACCGCCCCGGGAGGCCUCCAUCCGCAGCCUGGCACAGCGGGCGUACCACACCCAGGGACGUCACAUGACUCUGGACCCGUCCAAGCAGCAGGCCCUGACGCUGGGUCACUCCGGGCUGGGAAGCCUGGGUGUUAGCUCAGGUACCGCCACCCUGCCCCAGAGGACUCUCACUAUGCCUGGCUCCAACCCCGCAGCCACAGCCUCCACCUCCAGCACCAGCAGCAACCCCACCGGCUCCAGUACCAAAAUGGGGGGCUCCAGAGACUCACUACUGGAGAACAGCUCAUCUGCUUUGGGCAGACUUCAGAAGCAAGGGGUUGGGGCCUACUCCAAGUCAUACACACUGGUGUAGCUAGUAGCCCCCGUUCUCGCUGUCCAAGACGACACCCUCCUGUCAGACCCUGGCCUUGGCCCACACCCAGCCACACACCAGUGCUGUCCACUCCAGGUCAGUGAGGGCAUGCAGUGCAGUGCAGUGCAGCACGUAUCCUCAGCUAACGGCUAGCUAACAGCUAAUAACGUAUUAGCCUGAUUAGUCAUUCUGACCUUGGAUUGCCUCCCAGGAAUGACCAGAGACCAUUGUAACCUGCCUGACUCAUGUUCACCUGGACCUGCAUUAAAACACACUACUGUCUCCUAUUAGCUGCCGUGCUGCUGCUCAGUUAGUGUGUCUGGGAACGUACGUACACACACACACACACACACUCGCCAAAACCCAGAUCUGUUCUCCAAGGUAAACUAUUGAGUAUUAUUGAAGAGUUGAAUGGUGGAAGCUCACUGCUCAUGCUGAUGAAGUCCAUAAUAGCAGAUGGCUGGGAUAAAAACAGUGUUUAUUACACAUACACACAUUAUGCUGUCCCCCGUGGUUUGCAGAAGCUCCUGUAGGACUUCCAGUUUCCAGUAUCUUCUCUAGUUUCUCUCUGUCUCAUCGUCCAGUGUCAAUCUCCAACGGCAGUCUCUAUCUUUCUCUUCUUCUCCUCUUUCUGUCUCUCUCUCUCUCCCUAACAUAAGGAUUUCAGGUUCACCUCACUCAGAACAUUAAGUUCAUAUUUUUAGCACAUUUAUUGUUGAUAUUUACCCCACACUCCUUCUUCCCUACUCUACAUUAUCCAAUAGCUUUUGACUGAAACAUGACAACCCAAAUAACCCAGCAAUGAUUUGAAAACAUCAGGGCUCUCGCAAUACAAACAAAUAUAGAAUAUUUGGUAUUUUAAAGAUUUUACGUAUAUAUUUCUAUAUAAGUAUAUUAUGUCAUUUAAGUGAAAUUAUGGCAAAGAAUACGAAUAUACAAACAUUUAAAUGUUUUAAAAACUAUAAGAAUGAGACAAUCGCUCAAUCAUGUGAAGAGCAGUAAAAAUGGGAUGAAGAUGAGUAUUGUGAAGAGGGAGGAGCGCGUGUAUAUAGAGGGUGUUCUGUAUGUAACUGUAUGUAGACAGGCUGAGAGGAAUGAGGUGAUCCUUUCGAAACAGGAAGUGUAUAUCUCAAAGCCCCUAAUUAGUUAGUAUCUCAUGAGGUUGUCGUGAUUGGUUGGUGUACUUACUUUCAGAAGCCAAAUCAUUUCCUCUGCAGACAGGGGGUAUCCAAGGCGACCUACACCGUUGUCACUAUUAUCUAUAAUUUCUCUACUUUCGUUCACUUCCGUUACUUGAGUGAAACAGAGGUCAUUGACCAUUGACCUGUGGCAGCGUAGGGGUUACAGGGUCACUGUGAAUGGAGCAGACAUCAGGGAUCAGAACCUGGCUGUUGUAUACCACUGCUACCUACCACAUAUAGCACACAUUAGUAGCCCUGUAACCUCUACCAACCUAAUAGCCCAUGUAGUCAUGUCUCCCUCCUUCCAAUACAAAAUGGCCGCCAAGAAAUCAAGGAGGAUAAUCAUGUGAAGUAAAUUGUUUAGUUAACCAGAGAGAUGCAGCAAGUCAGGGUGUUCAGCUUGAAUAUGAUAAGAUGAUGUGCAGUCAGUGGUCUAUUGGUGUCUCUGUCUGAAGUGCUGUAUAUUUCCUACUUUUUUCUCCAUCCCGAUAUCCAUCCUCAUUUCCAUUUUGUGGAAUUACAUGUCAAAACAGGAACCUGUUGGAAUGUCUAUUGAAGCAUUGCUAUUCUAGUGUGUUGUCAUUUUCUUUGAUUAUUUGUUAAGGUCCUUCUGUUCAUAUUGAUUGAAUAUGUUUGCUUUUAUUGUUUGGGUUCUUUUUUUUUUGGUUCCAGAGGCCAGACAGUACUGAGGUAUUACACAUCUAUGGCGUCAGCCGGUCUUAGCCAAGUGAAAUCAGGGACUAGUUCUUUAGGUCACACACAUUGAAAUGGUGUAUAUAUUAGAGACGGUUAGGAAAACCUGCCACUCCAAAUCUCCCUAUUAAGCCCCCUCCUUACCGGUUCUCCCCAUUAAACUCCCACCUAACUGACUCCCUACUGAACUCUCACCUAACCGUCUCUCCCUAUUAAACUGCCUCCUUACCGGUUCUCCCUAUUAAACCUCCUCCUAACAGAUUUUCCCUAUUAAACUCUCACCCUACCAUCUCUCCCUGUUAAACCCUCUCCUUUGGACAUACAGUACUGGACCCAACACCACUACCUUUGUCAGUGUUGUUUAUAAAUUAACUCUUGUACAUAAAACACUGUUUUUUAUGAAGAGCUAUUUUCGUCAGAAUAAACAGGGGAAAGUUCAGGUUUGAAUCAUGCCCCAAAUCAAAAAUUACAACAAAGUUGAAGAAAACAUUGAUUUGAUAAACAUUGAUUUCCGCAACGGGCAACAAAUGUAGUCAUUUUUCUCUAUUCCCUUUACGUUUUUUAUACUAAUUUGUUGCAUUUUUAUUCUUUUUUUAAAGGUCUUUUGAUGUUGUCAUUUGUCCUAUUCACUUUUUUUAUUAUGAUUUUUGUAUUUUGUUCAUCCUCAAAAAUGACAUUGCAUGCUUGGUAAAAGGGAAAAAGGCAAGGGAAAGAAAUGUAAGAAAAUUUACAAUUUGAAAAAAAUAUAAUAUGUGGAGGGGAUUCCAAACAUUUGUUUGAGUUGCUUCUAAUAGCAAUUGCUUGUGUUUAAAAGAACAUUUUCUAUGAAAAGAAAUGAAAAUCAAACAAAAAGAGUAUUCUAACACCUUGUGCAAUAAAGCUAUCUUUCUAUA